AAUUUUAUUUUCUUAAGUAUAAUAUAAUAUUAUAUUAUUCUCACCUUAAUUAAAAAUAUUUUCUUUACCAUGAUAAGCGAUUUUUACAUACAUAGUUUUGACAAUAGCCGAGUUGAACUUUAAUACCCUUCAGCGACAUUUCAUCAAACACCUUAUCGGCAAGAGACACGCACGGAGUGUUGAACUUCAAUACUCUUCUCCCGCAUUCUUUCCAUCACUAAUCCGCUAUACCAAGUAUGUUUACUAGCAAGCAAUUUACCAAAAGUCCACCACCCUUUCGUGUCUUCCAUGAAAUCUCCAUUAAAGUUUUCAACUUUGCACAACCCAUCAAUCACAACAUAUAAGCUUUAACACAACCCAAAUGGGUCUUCAAAUGUUUUGUUACUAUUAACAGGACAAUAGUUUGAGUUGACUGAUAAAAAAACAAGAUUUAGACCAUGAAACCUACUAUUAGCAGGACAAGUAACAAUCAAAAUUAUAGUUUUAAGUAUUUUAUUACAGACCAAAGUAUUGCCAUUGGCAUUUUCUCUUUCUCUUCAUGGGUGUGGAGUAAGAACAAAGCAACCUCUUUUUUGUUCCUUUCUAUUUUGGAUAACGCAUCUUUUAUUUAUUUACUUUUACAAAUUUUGUACCAGAAACUCAAGAACAUCUUCUUCUUUUUCUUCUUCAUUUCGGAACGAGUACAACACAGUUCGAAGAAAUUUCCAGAUCUGGGCCUACACGAAAGAGCUAUUUACAUGAUGGGGCAUUCGUAAAUAUUGCAAAAACGGAAGGACAAUAUGGUCAAUUCAGCCUAAAACCCGGCAAACACAGUUUAAUUUUUUUUUCCUUUUCCUGAUCAUCAAAAACAACCAAAAGGGUUUAUGCAGGGCUUUACCCCCCAACUCCACAAAACCUCUUCACCAAACUUCUUCAAUGGCGCUUCCCUUUCUCCAAAGUUAGGGCUCUCCAGAACCGUAAAUUACCCCUUUUGCCCCUCGAGAUCCCUCUGUUGUUGUUCAAAAAACUCCCUCCCUAUGCUGAAGAUACUCUCUUCCUCUGCUGCCUCCUACAGGACUCGGUGUCUCUCGCCAGUUCCUCGAGUCGGGCCCCGGCAGGCCACGAGUCCGGUUCUCAAGGCGCUGAGUGAAUUCUUCGGGUGGAAUCGCGAAGUCGGUGUCUUGGGCCGCCGAGCCUUCUUCUGCACCGAUUCUAGCGAUGGUGGUGGGCCUGAGUCCGUGGUGGAGGUUGAGGUGAAAACUGCGGAGUCCGAAUCCGAGGGGGCCGAGUCGAAAUCAUCGUCUGCUAUCGUGCCCACCAACCCUAGGCCCGAGGAUUACCUUACGGUUUUGGCGCUACCAUUGCCACAUAGACCACUUUUUCCUGGUUUCUACAUGCCAAUCUAUGUAAAGGAUCCUAAACUAUUAGCAGCUUUACAAGAAAGCCGAAGACGCCAAGCUCCAUAUGCUGGUGCUUUCCUUGUUAAAGAUGAGCCAGGGACUGAUCCCAGUACAGGUGCAGGUUCUGAAACAGAAAAAAAUGUGCUUGAACUUAAAGGAAAAGAGUUAUUCAAUCGUCUCUAUGAAGUUGGCACACUUGCGCAGAUUUCAACUAUCCAAGGUGACCAGGUUAUUCUUAUUGGCCAUAGGCGACUUCGGAUCACAGAGAUGGUAAGCGAGGACCCUCUAACUGUCAAAGUUGAUCAUCUCAAGGAUAAUCCAUAUAACAAGGAUGAUGAUGUUAUAAAGGCUACAUCAUUUGAAGUUAUAUCAACCCUAAGAGAUGUUUUGAAGACAAGCUCCCUUUGGAGAGAUCACGUUCAAACAUAUACUCAGCAUAUAGGUGAUUUCAAUUUUCCAAGGUUAGCAGAUUUUGGUGCUGCAAUAUCUGGCGCAAACAAACACCAAGCUCAGCAAGUUCUUGAAGAGUUGGAUGUGCAUAAACGGUUACAACUUACCCUGGAGUUGGUGAAAAAAGAAAUGGAGAUCAGCAAGAUUCAGGAAUCAAUCGCAAAAGCUAUUGAAGAGAAGAUUAGUGGUGAGCAGCGGCGUUACUUGUUGAAUGAGCAGCUUAAGGCAAUAAAGAAGGAACUUGGUUUGGAGACAGAUGACAAAACGGCACUUUCUGCAAAAUUUAGAGAAAGGAUUGAACCAAACAAAGAAAAAAUUCCAGCCCACGUUUUGCAAGUUAUAGAAGAAGAGCUUACAAAACUGCAGCUGUUAGAGGCCAGUUCCAGUGAAUUUAAUGUAACUCGUAACUAUCUAGAUUGGUUGACGGCUCUUCCUUGGGGAAAUUACAGUGAUGAGAAUUUUGAUGUCAUUGGGGCACAAAAAAUUCUUGAUGAAGAUCAUUAUGGGUUAAACGAUGUCAAGGAAAGAAUAUUGGAAUUUAUAGCUGUCGGAAGACUCCGAGGGACUUCACAAGGGAAAAUCAUUUGUCUCUCGGGCCCCCCUGGAGUAGGCAAAACAAGCAUUGGCCGUUCCAUUGCCCGUGCUCUGAACCGUAAAUUCUUCCGGUUUUCUGUUGGCGGACUAUCUGAUGUUGCUGAGAUUAAGGGGCAUCGUCGAACAUACAUUGGUGCUAUGCCAGGAAAAAUGGUCCAAUGCCUGAAAAAUGUAGGAACAGCCAAUCCUCUUGUUCUGAUUGAUGAGAUUGACAAGUUGGGAAGGGGACAUGCUGGUGACCCAGCAAGUGCUUUGUUGGAGCUACUAGAUCCAGAGCAGAAUGCUAAUUUUCUAGACCAUUAUCUUGAUGUUCCAAUUGACCUAUCAAAGGUUUUAUUUGUCUGCACAGCAAAUGUUGUGGACAUGAUACCAAACCCUCUCUUGGACAGAAUGGAGGUAAUUGCUAUUGCUGGAUAUAUAACUGAUGAGAAAAUGCGCAUUGCAAGAGAUUAUUUGGAGAAAGCAACACGGGAAGCAUGUGGCAUCAAGCCUGAACAGGUUGAGGUGACUGAUGGAGCGCUUCUUGGCCUAAUAGAAAAUUAUUGCAGAGAAUCAGGUGUUAGGAAUCUCCAGAAGCACAUAGAAAAGAUCUAUCGUAAGAUUGCUCUGAAAUUGGUGAGACAAGGAGUAUCAAGUGAAACUGUGGUAGAUGGAGAGGUUAAGGAACCUACUGGAUCUUCCAUAGAAGCAACCACAGUACAGACAGAGGAUCAUUCUUCUGAGCAAUCUGCAUGUUCAAAGGAUGCAGCUGAAACUGAGAAAGUUGAAGAAAGUGAAGCGACUAAGACAGUUGAGAAGGUGUUGGUCGACUCAUCAAACCUUACUGAUUUUGUUGGAAAACCUGUUUUCCAUGCAGAGCGCAUUUAUGAUCAGACUCCAAUUGGAGUUGUGAUGGGUCUUGCCUGGACUUCCAUGGGUGGAUCAACCUUGUACAUAGAGACAACAGAGGUUGAGCAAGGAGAAGGCAAAGGAGCCCUUCAUGUCACAGGCCAACUUGGAGAUGUUAUGAAAGAAAGUGCCCAGAUUGCUCACACGGUUGCUAGAGCAAUCCUGCUUGAGAAAGAACCGGAGAACCCAUACUUCACAAAUUCCCAAGCUUCAUCUCCACGUUCCUGCAGGGGCCACACCGAAGGAUGGGCCAAGUGCUGGUUGCACCAUGAUCACCUUUAUGCUAUCUCUUGCCAUGAAGAAGCCUGUUAAGAAGGAUCUAGCAAUGACUGGGGAAGUGACUCUGACAGGGAGGAUCCUUCCAAUUGGUGGGGUGAAAGAGAAAACUAUAGCAGCAAGAAGAAGUGAAGUGAAGACCAUCAUAUUCCCUUCGGCUAACCGGAGGGAUUUUGAUGAACUUGCACCCAACGUAAAGGAAGGGAUCGACGUUCACUUUGUAGACGAAUACAGCC